AACAAACGAGUUCAUUCUUAUCAGUGGGGUAAACAACACCAGCCAGACGAUCUGUGCGUCGAUAACAGAAAAUUUUACCUAACAUAUUGAAUAUUUCAGCGAAAUAAAAGACAUUUGUGCAGUUUAGGCUAGGAAAUUUCACUAGAAAGUGUUCGAUUGUGACAUGCAAACGUGAAUUGACCGUCCGCAACAAUGACGCAAACCGUAGUCGAAGUGCACUGGUUCCCCAAGUAUCCGGAUCGUUUCCUCACGGCGGCCGGAUCGGAGAUUAACCUUUACCAGGUCAAACACCGCGAUCUGAUCGACCAUAGCAUCCAAACCAAUAUCAAUUUAGACAUUUCCAAAAGCACCACUGCCACAUUGAUUGCCUUCGAGACACGAUACCAGUUUAUCCGGUCGGUUGCUCCGUCCUUCCAUUCAACGGGGGAGAUUCUGUUUGCGGCUGGGUUGCCCAAUGGGAAGGUAGCACUGUGCAAUUUUGCAACCGAGAACAAUGUGGAAUUCACACCGAGAUUAUCACGUCCAUGUACGUGCCUUGCUUGGAGUGAGCUGGAGCCAAGCCUACUGGCGAUGGGACACGAUAGAAAUCGUUCCGAUCAUUGCAUUACAAUAUGGGAUACGGAACGAGGCGUUCCCAAUCAAUCCUCUAUCCUCCAGUUGAUCGGGUUGUCGGAGACGGCACAUUCCAUCUGCUGGGAUAAGACGUUUCCGCAGGUUUUGAUAGCCGGAAUGAGCCAUAAGCACAUCAAGAUGAUGGAUUUCAGACAAAAUCCAGCCAUCGUAACGUUGGCCAACGCCCGAACCGUCAACGGACUCUGCAUCGCUCCCAACGGUCGCUAUCUGUCCAGUUACGUGGAUAACGUAAUCAACCUGUGGGACCUGCGAUCGCUCGAGAAACCAAUCAGCCAGAUCCAAAUGCAGAAGAACAUCACCCACUUAUCGUGGUGUCCAACGCGUUCCUCGGUCCUUACCACGCUCCAGCGAGACUCGCCGUUGAUCAACCUGAUCGAUCUGCACUGGCCCGGUUCGGAAUCCGACGGAGGGGACCCCCAUUCCAUAAAACGGUUCGUUACUCCGUUCCAAGCGAGGGCCACCAAUCGCAUGCCGACCAUGGGAUAUCUUUCGUGGCAUCCGUACGAUCUGGAGCGGAUGUUGGCCCUGUCCGGAACAGGGACGAUUUGCGAUUAUCGUAUUCCGCAGCGAGUGGCCAUCGCCUGGGAUAACAACAACAAUUUGUAUGGGAACGAUGGAUGUGAAUUGCAGCAGCUUACAUCGCCUUCGCCGUCAUCGUCGCCAACGGAUUCCCUGAACCAGUGGGAUUGCGGGAUCGACAGCUACGAGGAAGACAUUGCCGAAACGAUUCAGAAGAGAGCGCUCAACAAUUAUGGUCUGACAGCGGAAAUGCAACGAAAUGGGGAUCUUGCUGGUAAUUCCAAUCUUAAAGGCGUCUGGCGGCUGCUCGGCCACAUGAUCAAGGAGGACUGCAAGCUGGGCUUGAACACGAUCCUCGGAGUCUGCAGUGCUCCGGAUGGGCCGGCUAUGUCCCGUUCCGACCCGGUCAUGAUGAAGUGGCUGGAUUUCAGCAUCGGAAGUGGCUUGGUCGUUUAUCGAAGCGAACAAAGAGAUACGGCUCAACUGCUCUGCGGAUGGACAUUCGAUCGGAGCAAGGAAUCUUCGUUCCUGUCCUUCAUAGAGGAACUCUGCUCAAACAAAGAAUACACUCGGGCUGCCCUGAUUGCUUGCUUUCACUUUCGGAUCAAGCAAGCCAUCGAAAUCCUCAGCUGUGGAGCUGAACAACCUUCCGACCCGACUUCCCUGCUCCGUGUAGCUGCCAUAGCCCUGUCCGGGUUCAGUGCCGAGCGUUCCGGCCUGUGGCGAAAGCAGUGUGGCGCUGCUCGAACCCAAAUCGAUGAUCCCUAUCUGCGGUGCAUGUUCUCCUUCCUGGCGCACGAAAAGGACGGCUUCGAAACCGUGACCAACGAAACGGAAAUUUCCCUUAGUGAUCGGAUGGCCUUCGCUUGUAAUUUUCUCUCAGACCUUAAACUCGCAGAGUACAUCAAGGGAAUGGUCGCCAACUGCAUCGAGUCCGGAGAUUUGAAUGGCCUUCUUCUAACAGGAGCCACCAACGACGGUAUCAAACUGCUCCAAAGCCACCUGGAUAGAACCGAGGAUGUUCAAACCGUCGCCCUGAUAGCAGCGCGUUUCCUCACCUCCGAUUUGCUAACCGACUAUCGCGUUCAAUACUGGAUUUCAACCUAUCGGGACCUUCUGGACAUCUGGGGCUUGUGGGAGCAACGUGCCCAGCUGGACAUCACCCUGGGAAGAAUUCGUUCCCCGCCGCAAAACUCUCGAUCAGUUUUCCUCCUGUGCAACUUUUGCGGCAAGAACGUCUCGAUGGCCCUGCAGGAGGAUGCCCGGGUCCGGAGCAAUGCGGCCGUCAUGCAUAAGCUUUCGUCUUGCCCGAACUGCCGGAAACCGUUGCCGCGUUGUGCGCUCUGUCUGCUGCACAUGGGAACCACGAUGGGUGCCAUCUCGCAGGGUCACGCCGCCCAAGGGCAGAUCGGGUGGCAAUCGAAGCCGUUCUCGAAGUGGUUCUCAUGGUGUCAGACCUGUCGGCAUGGGGGUCACACGGAGCAUCUGGCAGAGUGGUUCAACGAAAAUACUGAAUGUCCGGUGACGUCCUGCAACUGUAAGUGUUUCGCCAAAGAUCUCCCGAUGCCGCAGUAUCCGCGGGAGAAGGACAUCCUGUCCUGAUACCAACUCGCCACGAUGUUCUAAUCUAAACGUUUCAUAAUCUAAUGCUAUUAGGCAGCAUUUUUUUUUUCAAGUUCGCUCACUUUCUAUUGCUUUGAUAUCGUGUACAAAGUGUUGUUAGGUUACGUAAGAAGAUUUUUAUUAGAAUAAACUUUUUUUUUCUCUUUCGAAAGGCAUUAACUACUACCUUUAUCCAAAUGCUCUUGUUCACAAAGAUUUCAAAUUAAUUACAAA